AUCUCAACCCCCUAAACAUCAGACUGUGUAGUCCUCCAGCUUCUUCUCCUCGGUGCAGCUUGCAGCCAACAGGUCCCCCCCCAGGCUUCGACCCGCAGCAGGAUGGCGAGUGAAAUCAGCAGAGACACCAUGGAGCAGGAGCAGGCCCAAAACACAGAGCUCACGGUCGAAAGGAGAGACGGUGUGGUUCGAUACGUGGUGCGCGGUCUCUUCUGGCCUUUCGGCGUCGUGGUACGCGCCUGUCGCGGCUUGUUUUGGGUGCUGGGCUUCCGUCAGCCACAGGAGAAAGCCCCCGCGACCUCCAGUCCUGCCCGCCAAAGCCUGACAGGCCGUAAGCGCCUGCGCAGGGUCACCCGUCUGCUGCUGUCAAUCCUGCCCCGCUGGGUGCAGGGCGCCCUGGGCUACCCGGUGUCCAGCAGCAUCGGGCGCUCCCUGUCCCCAGAAAUCAGAGUCUCUCCUACUAAACCCUGCGGGAAGGGCAGCAAGAGAAAGCAGGAUGAGUUGGAUGAGGAUGAAGAUGAGGAUCAGCCGACCUGGGUGGAGGCACUCACUCAGGAGCUUGCUGACGAUGAGGCCUCAGAAGAGGAUCCUGACUAUGAGCCCAGUACUGUAGAGACUGAGAGUGAGGAGUUCUGCUCGCACAACGGCACAGGAAGUGACACUGAGGUUGAGUGGAAAAGCGAGGACAUCACUGAAGUGAACCCGGUUGUUGCGCCAUCCUCUCCAUCUGAAGUCCCAUUGGCUGAAGUUUAAUAUGUUCUAUCAACGAUGUGUUUAAUGUUUUCAGUGUUUUUGUAUGUUGUGUGUUAUUAAAUAAAACCCUUCCCUUUGA